CACAGUGCUGUUUGCUCCUCAGCUGUUCUCUCUACUCGUGUUGCCUCCUGACCAGCAGAUAAUCAUGUCCUUGAUGUACACCCAGAGCAUCUCCGGUGGCCCCGGGCUCGUCCAAAAGAGCUACAGCUACAGAACCAGCUCAGCUCCCCACAAGGCUCACAGCGUGUCCGGUCUCAGCUUCAUGGGAGGCCCGCGCAUCUCCAGCUCCACCGCUCGCGUUGUCUCCUCUGGGUUCGGAGGUGGCAGAGGGAGCGGGUUCGACCUGUCCAGCGCCCUGGACCAAAGCAGCACUCACCUGAACGAGAAGGCCACCAUGCAAAACCUGAACGACCGCCUGGCCUCCUACCUGGAGAAGGUGCGCUCACUGGAGGCUGCCAACGCCAAGCUGGAGAAGCAGAUCAGGGAGUACUAUGAGCAGAAGGGCCCAGCAGCCGAGAGGGACUACAGCAACUACUGGGCCAUCAUCAACGACUUGAAGGACAAGAUCAAUGGUGCCACCAUUGUAAACGCCAACAUCCUGCUGCAGAUUGAUAACUCCAAACUAGCUGCUGAUGACUUCAAAACCAAGUUCGAGCACGAGCUGAUGAUGCGCCAGUCCGUCGAGGCUGACAUUGCCAACCUCCGCCGCCUCCUGGACCAGACCACCCUGACGAAGGCUGACCUCGAGUUGCAGAUCGAAGGCCUGCAAGAUGAGCGAGCCUACCUCAAGAAGAAUCACGAAGAGGAACUGGCAGCAAUGCGCUCUCAGCUCACCGGCACAGUCAACGUGGAGGUUGAUGCUGCGCCUCAGCAAGACCUGAACAAAGUCUUGGAGGAGAUCCGCACCCAGUAUGAAGCCAUCAGUGACAAACAUCGUCGAGAUCAAGAGGCGUGGUUUAAUGAGAAGUCGACAUCUCUUACAAAGGAGGUGGCCAUCAGCACAGAAUCAAUCCAGACGUCCAAGACAGAGAUCAAUGACUUACGGCGCACACUCCAGGGUCUGGAAAUCGAGCUGCAGUCACAGCUCAGCAUGAAAAACGCUCUGGAAAACACGUUAGCGGAGACAGAGGCUCGUUACAGCGCCAUGCUUGCUGGCUACCAGAACCAAAUCAACAUGCUUGAAGCUGAACUAGGCAACAUGCGGAGCAGCAUCGAGCAGCAGGGUCAGGAGUACAAGAUCCUGCUGGACGUCAAGACGAGGCUGGAGAAUGAAAUCGCAACCUACAGAGGCCUGUUGGAGACCGAGGAGUCCAGAUAAAGUCAGGCUGAUUUGCACGGAUGCCAGCGCUGUGCACACCCCCAGUAGGAAGCCUGAUCUGCCGGACAAGCUGUUCUCAGACACACACACAUUUACUCCAACUAAUAAAAGCUGUAACACGAGAUGAGAGAAACCAUGGAGAAAAAUGUUGAAAAUGAAACCUGUCUUGAAGUUUGUAACCCGACACUUUGCAAACCAGUAAAGCAGUACUGACUGUGUGUUUGUGUGAGAACUGUCUGAAAAUAUUAAAUCUGCUGACCAAGUUAA